AUGUGGACAAGGCCUACUGUCAUUUCCAUUUAUCAGACGAGAAAGCUGAGGGACCGGAUGAGAUCACAUGACCGUAUGACGUCCUUCCCCAAAUGCAUCCCUAACGGUGUGGGGUUCCUUCUUCUCAUCCCAAAUCCCACUUUCUCCCCAGUGCUUCCCCUGGAGAGACAGCUCCAUGAGGCCUCUCGCUGGAAUCAGGUGGGGAGGAUGAAGGAGUUGUUUGAGAAGAGGGUUAACGUCAGGGCUAGAAACCAUGUGGGCAGAGUGGCCCUGCACUGGGCUGCAGGUGCUGGGCAUGAGCAGGCUGUGCGGCUGCUCUUGGAGCAUGGGGCUGCUGUGGACGACGUGGACUCGUUUGGGAUGAAUGCACUUCUCCUGUCUGCCUGGUUCGGCCACUUGCAGAUUGUGCAGCUUCUCGUCAACGCUGGGGCCAAGGUCCACUGGGAGAGCAAGGAUGGCCUGACCUUACUGCACUGUGCGGCUCAGAAAGGACACAUGUCUGUGCUGGCCUUCGUCAUGGAAGACCUGGAGGAUGUGGCCUUGGACCAUGCAGACAAGCUGGGAAGAACAGCAUUUCACAGAGCUGCCGAGCAUGGACAGCUGGAUGCUCUGGACUUCCUCGUGGGCUCUGGAUGUGACCAUAGUGUCAAAGACAAGGAGGGGAACACGGCCCUGCACCUGGCUGCCAGCCAGGGCCAUGUAUCAGUGCUACAGAGACUUGUGGACAUUGGGCUAGACCUGGAAGAGCAGAACAUGGAGGGUCUGACUGCUUUGCAUGCAGCUGCCAAAGGGACCCACACCGACUGUGUGAGGCUUCUCCUCAGUGCUGGGAGCAACGUCAAUGCCCUCACCCAGAAAAAGCUGAGCUGCCUCCACUACGCAGCCCUUGGUGGCUCUGAGGAUGUGUCCCGGGCACUCAUCGAGGCAGGCGGGUGCACAGAUGUGGCUGACCAGCAGGGCACUGCUCCUAUACACCUUGCUGUGAGGCACAACUUCCCUGGCCUGGUCCAGCUCCUCAUAGAUGCCCACAGUGAUCUGGAUGCCACAGACAUUAGGCAGCAGACUCCCCUCCACCUCGCUGCUGAGCAUGCCUGGCAGAAUGUAGCAGAGAUGCUCCUCGUUGCUGGAGUCGACUUAAGCCUGAAAGAUAAGCAAGGAAAAACAGCCCUGGCAGUGGCCGCCCGCAGCAACCAUGUCAGCCUGGUGGACAUGAUCAUAAAAGCUGAUCGGUUCUACAGAUGGGAGAAGGACCACCUUUCAUGCAGGGACACCAGCCACCCUGCUAGGAAGAACUUGACCUUUAAGCAAGACCAUCGGCAGGAAACGCAGCUGCUCCGCUCGGUGCUUUGGCGACUGGCCUCCCGGUAUCUGAAGCCCAACGAGUGGAAGAAACUGGCAUAUUCCUGGGAGUUCACGGAGGCUCAUGUCUGUGCCAUUGAGCAACAGUGGACAGGAACCAGGAGCUACCAGGAGCAUGGUCACCGGAUGCUGCUCACCUGGCUGCAUGGUGUGGUCACAGCUGGGAAGAACCCCAGCAAAGCACUGUUUGAGGGCCUCGUGGCCAUCGGCAGGACAGACUUGGCUGAAAGAACCAGGAAGAUGGCAAAUGGCGAGCCCAGGACCCCCAGGAGGUGUACAGCCAUGUGACCUUGUGGGAACACUUCGAGGCCACAGCACAGAAGAGGCUCUCCAUAAGCGCUUUCAGAGCAGUCCCUGCGCACAGACCUCCAGCUGCAUCUACUGAACCAUAGACCCCAGCAGGAGGAUGGGAGAUGUGUUUAUUCUAGGUUUUCUGGGUCACCCUAUCCCAGCAGUGUGGCCCUUUGCAGCUCUCAGCUUGCUUUGUUGUGUUCCUGAGGGUGCAUACGUGUGUACUUACAGCACACGUGUGUGGAGGCCAGAAGGCACUUGGCGAGCGGGUGUUCCUCCUCAGACACUUGGCGAGUGGGUAUUCCUCCUCAGGUACUGUCCAUCUCGUGGUUUUUAAUUUUCAGACCGAGUCUCUCUCUAUAUUCCUGGCAGUCCUGAAACAACCUUGUGUUUCCGAGACAGGGCCUCUCUUUGGCCUAACUAGAUUGGCUGGCCAAUGAGCCCAGUGACCCUCCUGUCUUGCCUCCCCUUACAAGCAUGUGCUACUGUGCCCUGGUUUUUGUGUGGGUUCUGAGGGUCAAACUCAGGUCCUUAUGUUGCAUGGCAAGUGUGCAGACUGAGCUGUCUCCCCAGGCCUCUCAGUCCUCUUUCUUUUCCAUUAUCUUAGAACAUCAGGAAGCACCCCCUUGAGGUGCAAGGGGUGUCUUUACCGAUAGGGUCCUGAGGUCCAGGAAGGAGAAACAGCUUGUCCAGGUCAUACCACAGAUCAAGCGGUAUCAAACCAGCAUUCUUCCAACCCCAGCCUUCAGGAAGGGCUUCAUUCAUCACCUUCCAAUGGGGUUGUCCUUCAGCCAUUAAAGACAAUGCAUUAAUCUCUAAUGCCAAACAGGCAGACACUGCCAUGCUGAUCCCACAGCUGUUUGUAUGGAUAAGUCUAUUUGUAUAUGUUGACUGUCCAGGAGGCGGUCUUUUUUCUUCCCUCUAAUUGGGUAAUUGGAUAUAGAAUUUUUUAAAAUAUUCUUGAUCUUUUUAAAUCUUGAAAUCAUUCCAGACUUACCAAAGUUGCAAAACAGUACUGAGAAUAUUCAAGUGUUCUGAACGAAGCUCUUGUAAACAUUAAUUCUUAUACAGCUACAGUGUGAUUUUGUAAAGUCUGGAAGUUAGAGGUUGGAGAGCUGGGUCAGUGGUUGAGAGCCCCUGUUCUUGCAGAGGCUCCUGUUUGGUUCCCAGCACCUAUAUGGCAUGACAGCUCUCAACUAUCUAUGACUGACUAUCUAUGACUAUCUCUGCCCUCUUCUGGCCUCCAAUAUUACUGCUCUCUGUGUGUGUGUGUGUGUGUGUGUGUGUGUGUGUGUGUGUGUGUGUGUGUGUACAGGCUCGAGCUCAUGCAUGCAUGCAUGGCUCUGUGUGUAUGUGUGUUCAAACAAACACUCAUACACAUGAAAUCUUUUUUAAAAAGUUAGGAAACUAACCAUGUUUACAUUAAUCUCAGCCCACAUUCAGAUUUUGUCAAUUGUUUGUCACCUCCUGGAUAAUAUAUCUGAUCUGGGACCACAGAUUACAUUUAGAUAUUUUAGUUGUUAUUCUAUUGCAUUUCUUUAGUGUUGGAAAUUGAACACAGGAUCUGACAUAUGCUAAAUACAUGCUAUGCUACUAAGUUAACACCUUCAGCAUUUGUUUUUAUCUAGGUAAGUUCUCUCUGGUAACCCAAGCUGGUUUCAAACUUCAGAUCCUCCCACCUCAGUCUCUCAAAUACUGAGAUUACAAGGCAUACACCCCCAAACCUGCCCUUGCCACACAUUUACUUACUUAUUGUGUGUGUCACACCUUUGGAGGGCAGAGGAGAGCCUUCCAGAGUCAAUUCUCUCCCUCGACCUUGUGGGUCCUGGGCUUGAACUCAGGUCACCAGACUUGAUGGCAAAUACUUUAACCCACUGAGCCAUCUUGCCAGACCACCCCCCCUUCCCUCUCUUAAAAGUCUUUCCUUUUAGAGUUAAAAUGUUUUGUUUUAUGUGCACGUUUUGCAUGCUUGUAUGUAUGCACACCACAACUGUACCUGGUGCCUUUGGAGGCCAGAAGAGGCAUCUGAUUCCCCAAAACUGGAGUUACAGACACUGUGGGUGCUGGGAGCUGAACCCCGAUCCUCUACAAGAGCAACCAAGUACCCUUCUCUGCUGCUCCGUCUCUCAGCCCGUCCCCUCAUCUUUAAUAGUCCCACGAGAAGUAGAACAUGCUGCGUUUACAUUGCUGUUUCAGAGCUGUACAUCCAGGAUGAGCCCACUGGCUAUUGUGGCUACUGAGCACUGUACAUUGGGAAAGGCCGAGGAACUGGAUUAUUACUAUUAUUAUUAUUAUUAUUUUGGGGGGUUUUCAAGACAGGAUUUCUCUGUGUAACCCUGACUGUCCUAGAACUUGCUCUGUAGACC